AUGGCAUAUCAUUUCACCAACAUAAAUAUGCCAGCCGAUAUGAAUGAUCAAUACAUUCCAGAAUAUAGAUCUUACAUAAUGCAAAAUCCAGAAGCAGACUAUGAGGUUAGAAGUACAGUACUUGAUGAUAGCGGAGAGUUCGCAGUGUCUGCUGUCACAUUUGACAAAUACGAAGAACUGAUAUGGGUUGGCAAUUCUGGUGGGCAUGUAACUUCAUAUUAUGGUCCACAAAUGAGAAAAUAUACUGCAUUCCAAGUUCAUAUGACAGAUGAAAUAAGAGAUAUAAUAACUCUAGAUUUAGGUCUUUUUAUACUAUCAAAGUCACAACUGAGACAUCAAAUUCGCCGUGGCAUUCCUCGUCACACACAUACGUCUGAAAAUAUGAUAGACAUGCAAUGUAUAUUCCAAGCAAGUCAGACUAAGUUGUUGAUGGGGGGACAUCAAGAUAAACUUAUUGAUUUUGAUGUCUCGGAGAUGAAGGAGUCUAUAAUUCCCAUACCAGAAGACGGCUGUGCUGUUUUAAGAAGUGGAGGUGGUUAUUUAGUAGCCUGUGGAAGUGCAAAUGGCACAAUAUCUUUACGGGACAUUCGAAGUCCGGUUAAAGCGGAGCACACAUUCAAGGCACACACUGCUUGUUUAUCAGAUUUGGAUGUUCAGGGCGACCUAAUGAUUACCUCUGGAUUUGCACAAGCAGGCAAUAUGGCCGUCGCUGAGUCAUAUAUUAAAGUAUGGGAUGUGAGACAUUUAAAAAAAAGUGGUUCUUGGAAUCUUCCAUUGGCAUCACCCCCUUUGUUGCUGCACUUCUUACCAUCGGUAUCUGGACGGGCGCUAGCUAUGGCUAGUGCUGGUGAAGUGGCAAUGUUGAAUAUCAACAAUAGAAGCGAAUCGGACAAACAAUCUGUCUUUCAGGUUGACACCCAAGGCUCCAGUUGCACCGUUAUGGAUGUCUCGUCGUCUAGUCAAGCGUUCGUUUUCGGAGACCAAGGCGGACAUGUUUAUUUAUUCUCUUCGAAACAUAAUAAUGAACCUAUGUUCAAUAAUUUUUCACGGGAAACUCAAUUCGCGAGCCCUGUGCGCCUGCCGUUUGCGGGUUUUAGUGAGUCGUUUAAGUUCUCUUCAAUGCCGCUGCCUCCUAUUGCCACUGGUAAUCGAUGGUUCCACGAAUUACCCGAUGAGUUCUUUAAGAAGAUUCAUAGGAAACCUAAACCAAUCGAUCCCGAAAUCUUAAAAACAAUGAAAAUGAAAGGUCCCAUAGGUUACGCUCCAAACCCUGGCACGAGUAGGCGUAAUGAGUAUCCAUACAUUGAUGAUACUAUGGAAGACUUAAACAGGCCAAACACAAACGAAGAUCCUCCCGUGUCGGUUAAACCCAUUCCAAGUGAAUAUCAAAAGAUGGAUCUACGCUUCAAUAAGACAGAACCUAACGAGGUAUUAGAAAGAUGCAACAGAACAGGUUUGCCGGGUAUUGAAGCCACUGUACCAAAUUCAUACUGCAAUCCAAUGAUUCAGGUGCUAUACAACAUGCCCCCAUUGAAGUCGACGCUGAUCGCACACACUUGCGCCAAGGAGUUUUGUCUCACUUGCGAAUUAGGUUUUCUAUUCAGGAUGCUCGACACGUCGGGGGGUGCUCCUUGCCAGGCGAAUAAUUUCUUACGGGCAUUCCGCACUGUGCCCGAAGCAGCCGCCCUUGGACUUAUUUUGCCCGAUCGCGGCACAGAUCGAAAGAUAGAUUUAGUAGCGUUGAUACAGAGUUGGAACAGGUUUAUUUUGCACCAAAUACAUUACGAGCUUUUAGAAACGCGCAAAAAAGAGAAGGAGCUAGCUAUUUUAGCUCAAAACGCGUCGACUCCCAAGCCCAGGGUGAAGACCCAUUUAAAGAAGCAGAACGGUCAAAUUGACGACUACGCCUAUACUGAUUUAGAGUUUUUAAGCCCAUUGGAUUCUGAGCACGAACUGAGAAAUGGGCUGGAUGAAAAAUGGAAGGAUACAAAGGUCGAUGAAGUGACGCUCUUGAACGCGGAGAAUCACCACAAUAACAUCGACAAAGAGCUGUCGAACAGCAAACACGAGCGAGAAGACUCGGAGAUCUCGAAAUUGUUUGCGAUCGCCCGUCAACAGCUCAACAGGUGUCUGAAAUGUAAUAAGGAGGAGGAACGAGAAUCAGUAGUGUUAGCGUGUGCUCUACAAUACGCGUCGAAUAGAGAUAGCGAACGGGCUAACAGUGGUUUCUUGGAGUUGGUACGAGCAUCGUUAUGCGCUCGAAGAUCGACGCCCGCCUGGUGUGAACGGUGCGCUAAGUUUACCCCUACUAUGCAACGAGGUCGGCUGGUUAGGUUGCCACCGAUAUUAGCAAUAAACUGCGGUGGAGUAUCAGCAGAAGAGAAACUCUUCUGGGCCAAAGGAACAACGAAAGAGACGACAGAGGCAGUGAAACGCGGAGGUAGCGCGAAACCUUGUAGGUACGGGCUGCACUGCGCUCGGCCCGGGUGCAGAUUUAAACAUCCCGACAGACCGACGUCUUCGCCGCAGAACAACACGAAGAGUGAAACGCAAGACACCAGUUGUGUGAUACCUCAUCAACUGAAUAUACGACUGCAAUCUGACGGAGAUAUCGCCAUCAGUGAUAAGAGAGAAUUAUCAGAAAAGCAAGAUUUGAGUAAACAUAAAAAGAAAUCAACUUCUCAAUCCGAAGCAGAGUACACGUUGACAGCGGUGAUUCUCUGCAUCGAGGACAAUCCGAGGAACCUCGUCGCUUACGUAAGAGUGGCAGACGAGGACGUGCAUUGGUACCUCUACAAUGAUUUGAGCAUAGUAGAGGUGAGCGAAGAAGAACUGUUGUUUUAUGGGCCGUUCGCUUAUUGCAACGGCCCAGUGGAAGAAGACGCAAAGUUUAUGCGUUAA